UUUCCUUCAAAGUUGCUGUUUCUUCCUGUACCUGGCAGACGACGCGUCGGUUGCUUGUCCUUCUACAAAGUUCAAACCUUAGUACGUUGAAUUAACUUAGUAACGACCAGAGACAACCAAACAUGGCCCCGGAACCGCCGCCUGCCCUGGCCGUUACCUACCGUGAAAAAGUCCGACCAUUUAUCGACUUGGUGGACGAGCUGAGAGCCAGCGGGUUGGACAGGGAUGUCACCCUGCCUUCUGUGGUCGUCAUCGGGGACCAAAGUGCCGGGAAAAGCUCCUGUCUGGAGGCUAUUUCAGGGGUCCAACUACCAAGAGGCAGCGGUAUCGUGACCCGAUGUCCGCUGGAGCUCCGCCUGAAGAAGAGUCCGGACCCUGAGUCCGGGUGGAGAGGAUACAUCCACUUCGAGGACAAGGGAGAAACAAGGUGGGAACUGGAUAGUCCUGAAGAUGUGGGAGAAGCAGUUAAGAAAGCCCAGAACCAGCUGGCGGGUGAGUCGCUGUGCAUCAGCCCCCGGCUCAUCACGCUGGAUGUGGAGAGUCCGGACAUCCCUGACCUCACGCUGAUCGACCUGCCGGGCAUCGCGCGGGUCCCGGUGGGCGGGCAGCCGGACGACAUCGGAGACCAGACCAAAGCCCUGAUCAGGGAGUACAUCCAGAUGGAUGAGACCAUCAUCCUGGCUGUGGUGCCCUGUAAUGUGGAUAUCGCCACCACUGAGGCACUGAAAAUGGCGAAGGAGGUCGACCCUGACGGAUCAAGGACUCUAGGUGUGUUGACCAAGCCUGACCUGAUUGACCGCGGGACAGAGAACAUGACAGUGGACAUCGUCAACAACAGGAAGUACGCACUGAAGAAGGGCUAUACCAUCAUCAAGUGUAGGGGACAAGUCGACAUCGAAAAUAAAGUCUCCCUGAGUGAUGCCAUGGAUAAAGAAGAGAUGUUCUUCCAGAAGCACGAACAUUUCAAAAUACUUUACGAGGAAAAGAAAACCGGGACGAAGACACUGGCGGGCAAACUGACCACAGAGCUGGUGGAGCAAAUCAAGAAGUCCAUCCCUGGACUUAAAGAAGACAUCAGAGAGAAGCUGAGGGAUACCGAACGACAGUUACUGUUGUUGGGAGAUGGGAUCCCAGAGGAUCCUUCCAGCAAGAUGCGCUUCCUUGUAGAGUUGCUGAACGGCUUUACCGUCGAUCUGGAGAAACUGACCAAUGGUGAACAGGUUCGGAAUAAGAUGAGCGUGAAACAGCAGAAACAGGUGUGGCUGAUUGGUGACGUGAGGGAUGCAUACAGAGAUUUUGCGGCUGAACUAGAAGGCCUGUUACCUGGCGAGGGAAACCUGGAGGACAUAGAAGAGUCCAUACAGACCAACCGAGGCCGGGAGCUGCCGGGUUUCCUGCCCUACUCCGUCUGCGAGGCCUUCAUACAGAAACACAUGGAAAACUUCCAGGAGCCGGCCAGCGACUGCCUGCUCCGUGUCAACCAAAAAGUGGAGACCGUCCUAUCUCUACUGACAACUCACUGGUUCCAGGCGUACUCACAGCUGAACAUGGCGAUUAAGGAAAAAAUCAAUGAUCUUCGUCUGGCGCAGGAGAGGAAGGCUCAGGAGGUGAUCAAGCAGCUGUUUGAAAUGGAGAACCUUGUCUUUACACAGGACGCCAUCUUUCACAGCGCUCUGAAGAGGCUCGAGGAAGAAGCACAGAGCAUUAAAAAGGGAACAAACAGGAACAGUGGAGACCAGGAAGAUUUGCGGACAGACCAACAGAAGGAGUCAGAAGAAAUGCUGCAGUACAUAAAGGCUUACUUUGAAGUGUCUAUCCGACGCCUGUCCGACACGGUCCCGAUGGCAAUCCGUCUGCAGCUCUUGACUAACUUCACAGAGGAGGUAAAAUAUCAGAUAACUUUGAUGAUCGCACAGCCAGACACACUGGAGCUGCUUCACGAAGACCCCGACACCACUGAACAACGGACCGUGCUGACUGAGAAACGUCGGCGUCUCACGAAGGCCAACCAGAAACUGGCAAAGUUCUAAAAACUGGGCCCAACCAGUUGGUAUGGACCUAGG